GUGUGUGUGUGUGUGUGUGUGUGUGAAUGCUGUCGGAGGGGAGGACUGGUGUAGCUGUCCCAUUCAUGGAGACGGCGUCGGUCGAGUGGGUGGUGGUAGUGGAGGAAAACACGGCUUCUAUACCUCUACCACUGUCUAUGCUGAGUCACCAAUUGCAUCCAGACCUUGCUCUGUCCUCUCAUGUUCCCAUCCUGUGCUCUUAGUAAACAACAUCUCUAUCGCCCGGGGAGGGGCGACCAAGUGGAACAUCACGUUUUGUUCGUGUGAAUGAAAUGCAGAGAUUUCACCGAGAUGAAUUAACACCAUGUGUCUUCAGACGGAGUUAAAAAAAAACAGAACCUGAGCGUUGUUUUUGUAUUUGCACACCAUUAUGUGUGAAAUCACAACAGAGUCAUGUGAGUGAUGGUUUUGGGAGCCUCGGGUGGCUGAGAUGAAUGACUCAUUUGUGGAUGAUGCGGUGACAGCUCUUACUGGGCACAUGAGUUCCUCGCAGCUUCUGCCGUAUAUAUUUGUGGGUGUGAGUGUGUUCUCCUGUGUGAUUGGUACUGUGUGUGUCUGUGGCAGUGCUAGUGACUGUGUGUGUGUGUGUGUGUGUGUGUGUGUGUGUGUAAAAUGCGGCUGGGUCUGUGCUGUUAUUUUUGGGAUGGUGAUGAGUCGUACAGUCUGAGUGGAAAGCUUCCGUCUACUUCAGUAUAUCAUGUGUCACAUCUGCCGGGAUGAAAGGUGGAUACCAUUAGAUUUUUUUUUUUUUUUUUUUUUUUUUUUCAGUUUUGUGAGGGUUUGUGUUGUUGAUAGUGCUGUACAAGAAUUUUCUGCACACAAUCUACCCCUGCCUAGUACACAACACCUCAAGUAUUUUGCUGAAUAAGCAUUCUGCAACCUCCGCAGAGGCACAUUUAAGUUUGUUUUCGUUGCUGUCGUGUGUGUGUCGCCUGCAUCACCCUCUGAUUCUUUUUCAACCCUGUACGUGUAUCCAUGUACGCGAAUGCUCAAAAUGCUCCACACAUGUACUUAACGGCUGGUGCAUAAGGUUGAGCUGAAUUACCCUGUCAUGUCAUGAUCUAAUACCAUACAUGGGGAUCAGUCAUCUUAAUGAAUAUGAGACCUUCACGGGUCCCCACGGAGUCCUUCACAGACAACCUGAGCCUGCCAUCCACUGGCUUGACUCUCUGUCUUGUUUCCAUGUGUACAGCACAGCGCACAGGAAUACAUUCCUGAUUCUCAAGCUCCUUUAGUGUACCAGUAAUUAUAGUUUCAUUACAUGCUUUAUUGUCUUUUUGUUGUUGCAUUAAAGACAAUUGAACAUCUUGUUCUGUCUGUGGUUCUGAGACAGUGGCUGACGACUCUCUGCCCUAUUUCCCUCCAGCUUUAGUUCAAAGAGAGCUUUAACCACAGAAGGUCACAUGACAUGGCUGAGAGGCAGCGCUCGGGGAAAGGGGAAAGUGGGGUGCAAAUCAAUGACUUUGUGAAACAGUCGCUGUCGUCGUCGUCGUUGUUGCGGGACAGAGAACAUGUGCCUCGGAUUGACACUAAUGUGUUGGUCUGACUGUCCGUCACACAGACUGAGGCUCACAGCGCCGGGCCAAUACUCCUUUAAUGAGGAGCUGGAGCUGGAGUGGGAUGAGUCUGUUCUGUUGUAAAUGUCAUUUCAUCACCGCUGGCAGGCCUCAGUCCCUCUGGAAUGCUAAUGCUGUGCUUACAGCGCUGGAGGGCCAAGAUGAGGAUAACCUGGACUUGGCCAAAGGCUUUCUUGGCCCUUUUUAAGGACACCACACUUCACCACUCUGGCCUGAAGGGAUGCAGAGGUUGAGUCGAAUACUCUAAAACACGACAGGAUGUGUGAAGUGUAUUUUGUUGAGUUUAGCAGGGUGAGAGCAGCGUGUGUGUUUGUGCCCUGAAAAUGGUUGAAGCCUUUAUAAUAAGUAAUCAAACCUGUUCAUGUGCGGCCAUGUGAUAAGCAAAUUGACAAGGAACUUGAUGUGCCAUAGUUUACUGGUGCAGAGCAAACGAGCCAGAUCACACGGCAGGGAGAGAAACUGUAUGUUUAAACUGCACAUGUUGUUUUGUGAAAUCAUACACAUCAACCCCAUACUGGUAUUGCUAAAUCAACCGCCUUCCAGUUAGCUUCGUCUGAGGGGGUUAUGACAUGGAUCUGCACAGUAGAUUCUGUGCACCAGUGUUGCCGCCCAGCUCCGUUGUCAACCUGGCUUGUGCAUGAAAAAAGGAAUAAUCGCUUUCUACUAAUAUGCUAAUUUUUGUAAUUCCAGAUCAUGAAAGAUAAGUAUUGGGAGUUGAGAUGUGCACGUCUUUUUGUAAUCCAAUUGCCCGUGACAUUACCAUCGGGGAGGUUUGAUCUUCGUGCAUGGAUUAUUCCCCUCUUCUCUCAGCAUAUGUAACACUGAACGGACAAGGUGGCUAAUAAACAUCAAUGGGCUUUACCCUUCAUUGAGUUAAUGUCAUGCAUUCUCGGAGGGCAUUCAUUUAAUAAAGCCUUUAUGGCAGGAAUUCCCAUUUCCAUUUAUUGGCUGAGAGAUUCCUAACGCAAUGCCACUGAUGACAGCACUGAUGAAAAUAAAGAGAGUGCGUCACCGGAGCUGUGAGCCACUGACGGCACAUUCCUUCACUUUGAUCCUGAGCCUUUGACAGCGCAGUGUGCCGGGUCUGCAAACUGAGAGAGCACCCAAAGACGACUUGCAGCAUCGCUCUGAAUAUGCCUCCGCCGGGACACAGCAGCUGUAUGGGACGCAUGCCGCUAUUGCACGAGACAACAACCACAGAUUGCCAGCACAUGGGUUGGCACGGGGCACGCUGUCAGUUAACAUAGCAUCAGUGGAUGGGGGCACAACGUUACAGAGCUGGAAGUGAGUCACUAGUUAAAGCAGGGUUUACUUGCUGUAUACAUGCGCAGGCCUGUCUGCAUAAUAACCCUUUUGAUUUUUCACUUGUCUGAAAGCUACAGUGACUCCUCACUGCCAUAAAUGACUACAGUCAUUCUGCAAAGUGGACAUCAUUGUAGCCGCUGAAGCACCGUCUGUAUUGCUCGAGUCAUUAUACCAAGGACUGUGUUUAUUGAUCUCUUCCUAAUGGUUUUCAAGAAAGUAGGAGAUUCACGCCUUAAGAUCUCCUCUCCUGCUCCAUCAAUAGUGUGUUGCAGACUAGAAUAGAAGAUUGACAGAUGGUUCAUCCAAUCACCUGCCCGGCUUUUCUUUCGCGUGCCUGUUGUUUUCCAAAUGACGGCUCUUCCGAUGGUUCUGUAUAACAAACUAUCUGGCGGGUCAGGUUAGCGAGAAAUACCUCCCAGAGGUGUUUUGAGAACACAGAGCUCCAAAACGAGAUCCGUCUGCCAAGUCAAGCGGCCGUCUGUACAAAUGCAACAGCAGCAUUUUGGCCUUUGCCAAAAUAGCACAAGCUUGGCUCAGGCCGAGGUCGCUCGGCUCAAAGGCUGUCAUUUGCACACUUAAGGACCUCUGCAGCUGGACAUGUGUAGGCUGGCGCUGAGGUUUCAGUGGUUGAGGUUGCAGCUGGAGCUGCGUCACAGCCGUGUGUAAAGAUUAUCAAACCAGCGGGAGCUGUUGGGCUCUCGGGGGGCACAUCUCUGUGAGUUAUAGUUUCCUCAGGGGAGAAGCUAGUGUCUGAUGCAUCCGCCGGUUGAAACGGCCCAGUAAUAAGCUCCUGCCUUUGCCAACGGCAACGUCGGAUGCGACAGCACAGAGAGUUGGGCGCAUCAGAAAAGGAUUCAUCUCCAGAACAUUUUGUUCCUCUGGCAAAUAAAAACGGAUAUGAGGAUGUGUUUAUCAGCAGCAGUGUUGCAUAAUAACAGCCACACCAAGGUGUCACGAGGAUGUCGUCUCACAUAUUGAUUCUUAUUUCCACGGUUUGCUGAUUCAUAAUUGGAGAAUAUUCUUUCUAUACAUGUUUUUCGCUUUCGUGACUCUGGGAUUUCUUUGCUCGCUGUAUUUGUUUAAUUUAUACGAGACAUGUUAAUCCUAUCAGGGAGUUUAAACACAAGUCGUAUUCAUGUGUUAACAUAGGCUCAGUUCUAAGCCUGUACACAUCAUUCAACAAGCCAUAGACGAUGCAACCAUCUCCUCUCUUUCGUAGUAGACAUGGUGUACUUUUGACGAGCGCAGCAUGCUGUGUUGGACAUGUGCGCUGUGUUGCUGGUGCUGCGUUCAAGUGUACACUCUUUGUCAGUGGAGACGGCGCUCGUCAUCGGUUUUGUUACCCGGCCUCGGGUUAUGAAAGGCCUUCAAGGGAGCCGGCAGAGACCGAGGCUGUGGGAUCCACCUCCAACCAGCCACAAAGAAUUGUCUUCCUUGCUGCUCGUCUGUUGCCGUUCUGCUUUAGUACAAAGCAGAAGCUGGGGGAGUGAGCGUGCUGGUAUUGUGGAUCUCUUCCCUCCCAAAUGUGUCUCUCUGUCGUCCCGCUUUUGUCUCCACACCCUCCUUUUCCUUCUGUUCUCUCAUCUUUUUUUUUUCCCCCUCCUCCUCCUGUACUCUGUGUGGAUGCUUUCAGACUGGAGGCUAAACAGCUGUACUGUACCUCAAGAGCUUGUGCUCAUGCCAGCUCUGCUGUAACUUUCAUGUAAGAUUGUCUCCCCAGAGCAUCCACUGUAAAACCACAUGAUUUUAUCCGUCCUGUAGUUUAAACGAACAUGCUCGUCAAAUACUCAUCCUUCUUUACAGGUAAAGGUAUCUCCCCGCUGACUGCAGCCGUUGUGUUUUUAUCCCACAUCGAAGAAGCUGCUCCAAUCUGCCACCAGGGGGUGAACUUUUCUAACAUCCUUUCAGACACGCCGUCCUUCACACAGACUGUCCUUCACACAGACAUCAUGUCCGUCUCUGUACUUUAAAUCAUGGAUGUUCAGUGCAACUUUGCUAGCUCUGUGAUUCAUGAUGAGUAUUAUAUCAUGAGCUAUCACCAUCUGUCUCUCUUUGGUAGCCUUUUGAAUGGAUCAGUUUUGCAAGGAGGCCUCACAAGACAGACGAAGGUUCAGGGUUAGGUUCAAAGAGAGGCGGUCCAGGGUUAAAGCUAUUGUUCAGUCAGGUGCUUUGUGUGCAGGACAGCCACCUUGCAAAGGCGUGAAUUGUUUGCGGCGCCCCAUAACUGUGAUCUUCUUGCACCAAGUAACCAUGUAGCCAUCAGUCAAGCACCUUUGUUGCAUGUUCCUCCCAAAUGUUCCAAUUUGUAAAUGCAGAAAUGUGUAACUUGUUACUGGAUACACUGACCAAAACUCUUGUCAAAGACUGAACAAUGCCGACGGCCUGCAGAUGUUAAAUCACAGCUAAAAUCAUCUCCUGUUGUGCUUGUAUACACGCUAACUCAGCUCUUCAUCCCACAAAAACUAGCCCGUCACGAGUGGGAGCCACCUGUGUUUUAUGCUCUUCUUUGCCUUUUGGCAGACUCUGGAAUGUUCUGCUCGCUGAAACGGUGGGGUUUCCAGCCACACUCACCGCUCAAAGAAGCCAGACUUCUCUCCAUCUGGCAUGAACCUCAUGAGUGAAUCACCAACAGAAGAGAUAAUGGGCUGAAAUACUGAGAAGAAUAUUUAUAAGUGCAGUCGCUUACCUUGGAACUGCAUCCUUAAUGUCGGUGCAUUUGAUCUCCGCCAUCAUCCUCUGUCGCUAAAUAUUAUCUGAUAAUCUGCUCUAAAUGUGUCUUCGCUUUCCAGCAAAUGAUACGUGACCACUAAAACUCAGAGUGCAGACAUUUAAACGGGAAGAUAAUCGCACUUGUUACGUAGACGGAAUGUGAAAUGUCAGCUCGCUGAGAGCUUUUCUUCAUUGAUGGAGAUUGAGAUGAACAGAUGCACAGAUAAAAAGAAAAUUCCAUCUGUGUGUGUGUGUGUGUGUGUGUGUGUGUGUGGUUGUUUUCUGCGAGAUGUGUGUAAAUCCGGAGGGCCCGAGUUGUGACAAAAGGCUGAUGAAUGUUGUGUAGAUUGAUGAAUUCCUUCGUGUCCCUGUUCACACAGACUCUCAGUAUGGCCUUUGUGCUGCUCUGGUCUUUCUAUAUCUUGGCUCGGGGGGGAAAAACCGAAAGGAAGCUCGGAUUGUGCCAGGAGGUGAGUGAAAAGAGUCGUGCGGAGAUCGGAUACGGAUCUAACUGUACCAAUCAGUGUGUUAAUGUGAAAAUACACACGCUUUUUUUAUUUUUUAUUUGGGUGCUUGCGUUUGCAUAUGCAACUACUUGUUUGUGUAUGUAUGCAGUAUUUUCAGUGUGUUUGUGUGUUUGGACUCUGACAGUUGCUGAAUAUUGAUGAGAGGCCCCUUCCACACCCCCUUUUUCCCAUGGCUGCUGGGACUGGGUGGCACUGCAGCGUGGCACUGCCUCUCAGGCAGAGAAAGAGCAGCACUGUGCUUGUGUUCAACUGCAAAACCCCCUUUUUUGCAAGAAAAGAGAGCAACGUUCCGUGUGUCCCGCUCUCAUGGCACUAUAAGCACUGCAGCACAUUUGGACAUGCUUCUAUUGAAGACGCGGGUUUAACAUGCUGUUCCCUCUCAUACACAGAAAAUUAAUUCUCUCUGCAGACUUUUCACCGUUUUACAACUCUUAUCUCUGCACUCCAGUUUAAUUCAGUUCACCAUAACUGAGCAUUUUGCUCAAGCAAUUUAUGUGCAAUUGUGUUUUCUGCAGCGCUUCCGUGACCUUGUCGAGUAAAGCAACCUUUCUCUUUACUAAAACAUGAGAGCUGUUGAAGCUCAUAUUUAUUUAAACGAAGCAUGUGUCUAAACUCAUGUGGUCACACAACAUUGCAGCGGGCCCCUCCCCGCUGAAAAGCCGAUCCAAUGGCGGGCCGCUCUCCGCCAGGCUUCCAUUUGAAGCUUCAGUAGUACGCUAGUGUUGCCCAGCAACCAGAAUCGGCACAUUUCUGGGAGGUCCUGUGUGGAUGGCAGCAGCAGCUGUAAGAGGGAGACGGAGAGAGCAGGAGGCAGAGGACCAGGAGAAGGGGACGGAGAUAGGAGGAGGUUCAGGGAUUUUGACCGGGAGGACGGCGAAAAGACGUCGUUGGGCUGAAGAAGGAGUGAGAGGAGGAGACCCGGCCUCUCGCCUCGUUAGAAAGUUUGUUCCUGCAGCAGAGGAGGAGACGGAGGCCACCGGUGAUUCCCCCCGUUGAGUCUGUUCCUGUUAGAGCGGGGGAUGAGGGUUCCUCUUCGUAUCUGUGCUCCCACACAUUCCACUACCUUGCCAGAGAGGUGCAGAGUUUCGGCUGCAGCCAUGAUGUCUCAGAGGAUCCUGGACUGACGCACUGUGUUUGGGGACCGGCACAGAGGACAGACUGUCUGGCUGACCUGGAUCGGAGCUAAAAGAGAGGAGAAGCGGCUAAACUAGAGCUUAAAUUAGGAAAGUUGUAUCCUGAGCUUUAAUACCGGGUCCAGAUCAGUCCCUAAAGAGGGUUCCUGAAAGGGCCUGGCUUCCUGGUUUUGGUGAUGACUGAGACGGGUCCAGCAGCGAUGUGGUCGCUCUGGGCGGGUUAAAACCACUCAGGCUGUCAUCCAGGCUGGAGCUCCUGAGGAGGACAGAUCCCGACGUCCAAGCCAGGGCUUCACUCGCUGGCUGGAGGAAUCGUCAGCGUCCUGCUCUUGUGGUGCCAUGGUGCUUUUUAACGUCGACACGUCCACCGCUCUUCUGCCCCGUUGAUCGACUCGGCUGAGGAUGUGGAAGUUCAAAGCGUUUUGCCUGGACUACUGGCACGUGCUGUGUUUGCACCCACACAACAACUUUUACAAGAGUGUGGAAGGGGAUGGACGGCCCAAUGAGAGCGGCCCUCCCCUGGAUGGGGGAGCCAGCUAUGGCCAGGGCCCGGUGACUCACGGCUCAGCAAUCAGUCCUGACCGAUUUGACAGCCCGCUCUACAGCCACGGGGUUCAGCCUGGGCCUCAGAGACCCCGUCGGCCCAAGCUCCAGCACUCGCAGUCCAUCCUCCGUAAGCAGGCCGAGGAGGAGGCCAUCAAGCGGUCACGUUCGCUCUCUGAGAGCUACGAGCUCUCUGCUGACCUCCAGGACAAACAGGUGGAGAUGCUGGAGCGUAAAUAUGGUGGACGAUUCAUAACUCGGCAUGCGGCCCGCACCAUCCAGACGGCUUUCCGCCAGUAUCAGAUGAACAAGAACUUUGAACGUCUCAGAAGCUCCAUGUCUGAGAACCGCAUGUCCAGACGCAUCGUCCUCUCCAACAUGAGGAUGCAGCUCUCGUUCGAGGGCCCCGAGAAAGUGCACAGCUCCUACUUUGAAGGGAGGCAGGUGUCUAUGACGGAGGACGGCGCCCCGCUGUCCAUGGUGCAGUCUGAAUGUGGCGAUAUAGAGGUGCACCAACAGGCCAACAUGGCGUCUCACCCAGCCCCACAGGGGGACCUGACAGAUGCCAUCACGGAGCUGGAGGACGCCUUUUCCAGGCAGGUCAAAUCUCUGGCGGAGUCGAUAGAUGAUGCACUGAACUGUCGCAGCCUUCAAGGGGACGAGGGUCCGGACCCCGAGGCCAUGGGCUGCUCCAAGGUGGAGCGGGAAGUGCCCUAUCAGGGGAAGUCCCACCGCAGGGCAGCUGGACGAAUGCACGAUGAAACGUUGGCAUCCUACAGCGAUGUUACUCUGUUCAUCGACGAGGAGGACAUGCCCCCCUCUAUCGCUCGGUCCAGGUCAGGGGACCAGCCCUCCAGCAUAGAAUCAGACUUGCGGUUGCGGUCAGCCAACUCCUCCCAGGACUACUGGCCUAUUGACCCCAAAGAUGAGGGUCGUGACACAGACACGAGCUGCCGCAGCACUCCUUCUCUAGAGUGCCAAGAGCAGCGUCUUAGAAUGGACCAUCUCCCUUUGUUGACCAUAGAACCCCCGAGUGACAGCUCUGCAGAGCUCAGCGACCGGUCUGACCGCGGCUCUGUCAAACGGCCGCCUGUGUACGAACCGCACGGCCACAUCGUAACGUCAUCCCAGGCGAGCCCUAAACACAUUUCCCACGGACCCCCGCCGCGAGCGUCCUCCCGCGACGACGAAGCACCCCUGCGCCACCGCCAGCGCCACCUGGAAGGCCACUUGGCCAUCAACGGCUCGGCCAACAGACAGAGCAAGUCCGAAUCGGACUUCUCCGAUGGGGACAACGACAGCAUCAACAGCACGUCCAACUCCAACGACACCAUCAACUGCAGCUCCGAGUCCUCGUCGAGAGACAGCCUGCGGGAGCAGACGCUCAGCAAGCAGACUUACCACAAGGAGACUCGCAACAGCUGGGACUCGCCCAUCUUCAGUAAUGAUGUUAUUCGCAAGAGACACUACCGCAUCGGCCUCAAUCUCUUCAACAAGAAGCCAGAAAAGGGCGUCCAGUAUCUGACUGAGAGGGGAUUCAUCCCCGACACACCGGUCGGUGUAGCUCACUUCCUGCUGCAGAGGAAGGGGCUGAGCAGGCAGAUGAUUGGAGAAUUCCUCGGCAAUCGGCAGAAGCAGUUCAACAGAGAUGUCUUGGACUGUGUGGUGGAUGAAAUGGACUUCCAGAGCAUGGAGCUGGACGAGGCGCUCAGGAAAUUUCAGAACCACAUCCGUGUUCAGGGCGAAGCACAGAAGGUGGAGCGGCUUAUCGAAGCCUUCAGCCAGCGCUACUGCAUCUGCAACCCCACAGUGGUGCGGCAGUUCAGGAACCCCGACACCAUCUUCAUCCUGGCGUUCGCCAUCAUCCUCCUCAACACCGACAUGUACAGCCCCAACGUCAAGCCCGAGAGGAAGAUGAAGAUGGAGGACUUCAUCAAGAAUUUAAGAGGUGUGGAUGACGGGGAGGAUAUCCCUCGGGAGACUCUGGUCGGCAUCUACGAGAGGAUCCGUAAGCGAGAGCUCAAGACCAAUGAAGACCACGUCUCGCAGGUGCAGAAGGUUGAGAAGCUCAUUGUGGGAAAGAAACCAAUCGGAUCACUCCACCACGGCCUGGGAUGUGUGCUGUCGCUGCCCCAUCGCCGGCUGGUGUGUUACUGCCGUCUGUUUGAAGUUCCGGAUCCCAACAAGCUCCAGAAGCUGGGCCUGCAUCAGCGGGAGAUCUUCCUGUUCAACGACCUCCUAGUGGUAACCAAGAUUUUCCAGAAAAAGAAGAAUUCUGUGACGUACAGCUUCAGACAGUCCUUCUCUCUGUAUGGGAUGCAGGUCAUGCUGUUUGAAAAUCAAUAUUACCCAAAUGGAAUCAGACUUACAUCAGCCAUACCAGGUGCAGACAUCAAAGUCCUCAUCAACUUUAACGCGCCCAACCCACAGGACCGCAAGAAGUUCACAGACGACCUGCGAGAGUCCAUUGCUGAGGUCCAGGAAAUGGAGAAAUACAGAAUAGAGUCUGAGCUGGAGAAGCAGAAGGGGCUGGUGAGGCCCAGCAUGUCGCAGAGCUCCGGUCUGAAGAAGGAAGGUGGCAACGGGAACAUGAACCGCGCCAGUCUGGACGACACCUACGCCAUGGGCGAGGGCCUGAAGCGGAGCGCCCUCAGCAGCUCCCUGCGAGACCUCUCCGAAGCAGGCAAGCGGGGGCGUCGCAGCAGUGCAGGAUCACUAGACAGCAAUAUGGAAGGGUCCAUCAUUAGCAGUCCACACACACGCCGGAGAGACACCACGCCACGUGAGGGCGCACCCCCGCGCGGCCAUCCCUCCAUCCCUAACUCGGCAUCGACCUCCAUCCUUGGGUCGUUCUUUGGCAGCAAGCGAGGCAAACCGUCAUCCCAGAGCCACGCCCCUUUCCCUCCCACUAUCCAACCCACUCUCAUAUCCCACAAGCCCCACCCGACCAACCUGCACCACACAGCACAGGUAGCGCAUACAGUGCAACUCCACGGUCACCAUUCCCAGUACUGCCAAGUCCCACAGAACCCGCCGCCGUACCACCACCACCACCACUACCACCCCCCUCCCCACACGCAGCACCACCAGCACCCAGGCUAUGGCUCCCAGGGCCACCAACAACCCCAUUCACAGCACAGCCAUUACAGCCAGCAUUCCCAUCACGCCUCACACUCCCAGCAUGCUCCACAACACCACAGUCAGCAAGCGGGUUCGGCACCUGGCGGACCCAAACCUAAACACAGUGGCAUCAGCACCGUAGUGUGAUGCUCCGAACACAGAGAGGAGAGGCGAGGAGGGGACUUAAAGACGGAGGGACAGUUGCUUACACCAAAGGGACUGACAGCAUAACUCUAUGGCCUGUCCACUGUGUUUUACUGCUGCUGUGAUGGGAACCAAUCACACGCAGUCACCUUUUUCACCUCCAGGUCCAACCAAUAUGCAGGAUGGGAAUCGGACUCAGUAGUUCCACCAGGGGCCUUUACUAGUUUGCCUGAUCAUGGGCCUGGCCCCAUCAGGGUUUUUGUGAGGGAUGGGGAGGGAAGGGGGAGGGGGGGUUCUGUACAGGAAGACUCUAUGUUUUCCACACACACACACACUCACACACAUCGCCUGGCCGUGUCGGCUUCAGAGAAAAUGUGUUCUCUCACCAAGCCGCUCCCGACUGCUUCAUUCCUACAAUAGCCUGUCUUACCUUCACACAAUCAGGAGGAGAGACGCCCUGACGCGACAACAUGGCUGACGGUUUUCUCUGCAAACAAUGACGCCGUCACUCCUUGUGUGCAGCCAGUCCACUUUCAACUCUUUGGUUUCCAGAUCCUUCCAUCAUAUGAAUGCAAUUUUGUCGUUGCCUCCCGUAGAGCUCAUAUGUAGUGAAGAACCUAGACAUAAUCAUUUAAAUCAAAGGACAGUUGAGCAGCUGAGUCGACCGUCUCAGUCAUUGUAGUUCUAGUGCUGUAUUUACUGUAGAUGACAGCUAUACGUGUUGUCUCCUAGCUCUCAUAAAUAAAUGUGCCAAUUAUUAAUGCAUAAUCUAUUUAGUCAAGACUUCAUGUACAGUAUAUUGUGCGUAAAGUAAUUUGUAAGAUUAUACUUACAAUUAUUAUUAUCAGCAAAAAUGAAUUUUAUCAGUAUUAUACUGACUCUGUGGUAACAGGAUGUAGAUCUGAAAGGAGUGAACUCCCAUUCAGUCCGGCCUAUAAUCUAUUCUGGAACUUUUGCCUUUCGAACGGAUCAGAAGGAGCGUCUGGACGGCAGCUGUUGCAUAUAUGGGCCUCAACGGGCUGUGCUGCCACAGCUGAAGCCUCAAAGCAGACUUUUCCUGUCAACUCACGCAGAUGAUAAACUGGGCCGGUUGGUUGUUUUAAUCUCGGUUUACUUCUCAUACUGUGGCUGCUUUAAACUGAAAAAAAAAAAGUAAUGACGAUUAAUGGUGAAAAGACGUUUUAAAUACACUUGGAGGCUCAGCUCAAAUGUUACAAAUGGACCCACAGAACGCGUUGAACAUGUUAAGUCUGUUGCCUUGAAAUUAUGCGACAGCUGCUCUCUUGACUCUCAAACUCAAAAACAGAAACACUUUCGAAAUCUUCUUUUGCCUUCUUUAGUAUAUUUUUUUUUAUUCGCCAACAAGGUGAGUGAAUAAAAUCUUACAUAGUGAAGUAUUUUUUUUCAUCUUUUUUCUAUCAUAUGUGCAAUAUCUUUGUACUGAUUUUGUACAUUAACAACACGCAAAGUGUCCCUCUAAUUUGUGCGUUUUUUUUCUUUUUUUUUUUUCAUGUUGCGUCAUUAUUUAUUUAUUUUUGUUUUUGACCCCUGUCAAAGUCUUUCUUAGUAAAUUAAUGUGUGGCUGUCCUCGUGGUCUCAUGAGAGGCACAGACUUGGAGUUCAGUGGAAUGUCUAGUAAGUGAUUUUUUGCAUGUAAUGUUAUUAAUGUGAGGCUAUCCUCUGCACAUUGUAUAACAAAUCAGUGUCACCAUAGCAAGUUUAAGUGCAAUCAUGUUCAGAAAAAUGCAGACUUGUACUAUGAGUGGAAGUCUGUUAUCUUGUUGUCCAGGACGAGAUUCAGGUGAAAAAAAAAAUCCUUUUUCAUUUAAGAAUAUAUAAAUACUUACUUACACAGUUCACAGUGGAGAGAGGAAUGUGUGUAUAUAUUUUAGUAAAAGGAAAAUGCUUCUCUUUGGGCUGAACAAAAAUAUUUUGCUGGAUAAGCACAUAUGAAAGAACACUUUCAUUUUUUUCAGGAAUUGCAGUUAUAAUAUACAAAAUGCAAACUGAACAAAGGAACUGGGUAUAUAUGUAAAGAAUAACUUUCUACAUUCUACAAAUAAGAGUCUAUUCUAGUGUGUAAAUUAGUGACAGUAAACUGUUUGUCCCAAUAUUCAGGUUGUAAAUGUAUUUUAACAUUCACAAAGAAAACCAUUGCCAUAAGUCAGGCUUAUUCUCACACAUUUCUCCUCAUGGGAAUUAACGAGGACAGAACAGAUGACGGACAUAUCACACAUGGGGACGUUAAUGAUCAGUUGAAUGUGUCUUUCCAUUAAUUUCAUUUUUUUUUUGUUUUUGCUAUAAUUCUGAAAUCUUGGGGUGAUAUAAAACUCAGAAAUCUGUUUGUUUUGGUGUGUGUUGUAGUGCUUCAAAUGUCUACAGUCAUUCUUUGUGAGGAAGUACCCCAACGAUGCACUGCAUGGAUCGUCAUGUGUCCUAUUCACUGUGAGCUGAUGGGGAAAGAAAAUCAGCCUAUAAAUUUUGGUUUUGAUUCAUUUUGAAUUUCCUGUUGUUGCCCUAUGUUAGGCUAGUUAUUGAAGUUCGGCAUGCAUUUCAUCAACAAAACCAUUGUGUAAAUUACAAAUAUAAAGAACGUUGCACUUCUGUUGCUGAGGGCUUUCAUCAUGUAAAUAUGGGAUGUUUGGUGUGCAAACAGAUGAACUGCUUGGAAGGAGGGUUUAUCUUUACGAAGCCCAAAAGGGACCAAGAGAGAGAGACCAAUGGGUUAAAGCAGCUGUACAUAGUGUAUAUGAUCAGUACUCUAUUCUGAUAUCUGCAGUUAAGAUCCUGAUGUAUAUACAUCACCUCACAGAUGGAUAGAGGGGUGAUAUAUGAACAUGUCUCUGCCUCCAGCUGUCAUGAACUGAUAUCUGCUGGAGGAAUCAAAAACGGACUGUUAGAAAGUUCGCUGCCAUUUACAUCCAGCUCUUUUUUCAUACAUGCAACCCCCACCUCUCUCUCUCUCUCACACACACACACACACACACACACACACACACACAUCCUGCUGUUCAGUCUGGAGUGAGACACAUUUUAAAAAGAGGAAAAGACAAGAAUGGCCUCAUUUAUAUGUGCAUUCUGUUUGUACAGUGAGUAGUGAGUCAGUAAGACCCCAGUUAUUGUUAAACUUCCAACUGUGACAAUGUUGAGAACGCAAAAUAAACGAAUAUAUGACUUAUGGUA